AAUUGCAACAAAAAUAUACAGAAGAAAGUAAAUCAAUAAGCUUUAAUUGGGGAAAAAUGGCAAAGCGUUUAAUUCCUACACUUAAUCGCAUUUUGGUAGAGAAAAUAAUCCCUCCUUCCAAAACCAAUUCUGGAAUUUUACUUCCUGAGAAAACCUCCCAGCUUAACUCGGGAAAAGUGGUUGCUGUUGGUCCUGGAGCUCAUGAUAAGGAGGGAAAGCAUAUUCCUGUUUCUGUUAAGGAAGGGGACACGGUUCUCUUGCCGGAAUACGGAGGCACUGAAGUGAAACUCGGUGAAAAACAGUAUCAUCUGUUCCGAGAUGAGGAUGUUCUGGGAACUCUUCAUGACUAACGAGUUCAAUCAUAGGCACAAGAUGCAAAUUAGUAAUGUUAGAUGCUCUUGAGAUGUAGUGUUCUCGACUCCUCGUUACACUUCGGAUACUGUUAGUCUACCAAUAUGCCAGUUGAAAAUUUGUGAACUUUGGCAUUCCGUUGGAAUGAUAUCAAUGUUCGAAAUUAAUUUACUGCCGGUUAAGGAAAUCAUGAGCUUUCUUA